AUGCAUUUUGUACAUUGUAGUUCAGAACCAACAACUACUGUAACAACGAGUGCUACUACCACUACCACUCCAGCAACCACAACUUCUCCAACUACCACAGUGACAGAAGAAGUGACAACUACAGUUACAACCACCGCAAGCACCACAUUUGUCGAAGAGACAACAACUGUUACUACCACCACACCUGAAAGCUCCACUACUCAAACAACUACAACAAUGACAACAACUCGAGAAUGUUAUGAUGUUCUGACCGAAGAGCUUACUCAAGACAGUCCUAGAUCCUACACUGUACGCUUGCCAUCCGGAACAGCUGAUAUUUCCGCAAUCAAGGUUACUCCCAAUAUAUCAGGAGUCCAGAGUGUAUCUCUCUCUGUUGAGGUGACAACAGAUGGUGAGAAUUAUGAGGAUGUUACAAGUAAGACAGAUCUUCUCGCCAGAAACGUCGAAGAUGAACAGGGAAAUAUCAUUGGGACUGAACGCUAUGUACAGGUAGAUGGAACUGGUACUGUGGAAAUCAGCUUCUCCGAAAGACUUACGUCCAGCCGUGCAGUUCGAAUAAUUUUUACGGAGGAUAGAGACAUCACCUCCAUGACUUUGCAUGGCUGCAAUGAAAGUCUGGUUACAACAACUACAACAACAGUCCCAGAAACUACCACCCCAUCUACAACAUCUGAACCGUCAACUACUGUAACAACGAGUGCUACGACCACUACCACUCCAGCAACCACAGCUUCUCCAACUACCACAGUGACAGAGGAAAUGACAACUACAGUUACAACAACCGCAAGCACCACAGUUGUCGAGGAGACAACAACUGUUACUACCACCACACCUGAAAGCUCCACUACUCAAACAACUUCAACAAUGACAAUAACUCGAGAAUGUUAUGAUGUUCUGACCGAAGAGCUUACUCAAGACAGUCCUAGAUCCUACACUGUACGCUUGCCAUCCGGAACAGCUGAUAUUUCCGCAAUCAAGGUUACUCCCAAUAUAUCAGGAGUCCAGAGUGUAUCUCUCUCUGUUGAGGUGACAACAGAUGGUGAGAAUUAUGAGGAUGUUACAAGUAAGACAGAUCUUCUCGCCAGAAACGUCGAAGAUGAACAGGGAAAUAUCAUUGGGACUGAACGCUAUGUACAGGUAGAUGGAACUGGUACUGUGGAAAUCAGCUUCUCCGAAAGACUUACGUCCAGCCGUGCAGUUCGAAUAAUUUUUACGGAGGAUAGAGACAUCACCUCCAUGACUUUGCAUGGCUGCAAUGAAAGUCUGGUUGCAACAACUACAACAACAGUCCCAGAAACUACCACCCCACCUACAACAUCUGAAGCGUCGACUACUGUAACAACGAGUGCUACGACCACUACCACUCCAGCAACCACAACUUCUCCAACUACCACAGUGACAGAGGAAAUGACAACUACAGUAACAACAACCGCAAGCACCACAGUUGUCGAGGAGACAACAACUGUUACUACCACCACACCUGAAAGCUCCACUACUCAAACAACUACAACAAUGACAACAACUCGAGAAUGUUAUGAUGUUCUGACCGAAGAGCUUACUCAAGACAGUCCUAGAUCCUACACUGUACGCUUGCCAUCCGGAACAGCUGAUAUUUCCGCAAUCAAGGUUACUCCCAAUAUAUCAGGAGUCCAGAGUGUAUCUCUCUCUGUUGAGGUGACAACAGAUGGUGAGAAUUAUGAGGAUGUUACAAGUAAGACAGAUCUUCUCGCCAGAAACGUCGAAGAUGAACAGGGAAAUAUCAUUGGGACUGAACGCUAUAUACAGGUAGAUGGAACUGGUACUGUGGAAAUCAGCUUCUCCGAAAGACUUACGUCCAGCCGUGCAGUUCGAAUAAUUUUUACGGAGGAUAGAGACAUCACCUCCAUGACUUUGCAUGGCUGCAAUGAAAGUCUGGUUACAACAACUACAACAACAGUCCCAGAAACUACCACCCCAUCUACAACAUCUGAACCGACAACUACUGUAACAACGAGUGCUACGACCACUACCACUCCAGCAACCACAACUUCUCCAAGUACCACAGUGACAGAAGAAAUGACAACUACAGUAACAACAACCGCAAGCACCACAGUUGUCGAAGAGGCAACAACUGUUACUACCAACACACCUGAAAGCUCCACUACUCAAACAACUACAACAAUGACAAUAACUCGAGAAUGUUAUGAUGUUCUGACCGAAGAGCUUACUCAAGACAGUCCUAGAUCCUACACUGUACGCUUGCCAUCCGGAACAGCUGAUAUUUCCGCAAUCAAGGUUACUCCCAAUAUAUCAGGAGUCCAGAGUGUAUCUCUCUCUGUUGAGGUGACAACAGAUGGUGAGAAUUAUGAGGAUGUUACAAGUAAGACAGAUCUUCUCGCCAGAAACGUCGAAGAUGAACAGGGAAAUAUCAUUGGGACUGAACGCUAUAUACAGGUAGAUGGAACUGGUACUGUGGAAAUCAGCUUCUCCGAAAGACUUACGUCCAGCCGUGCAGUUCGAAUAAUUUUUACGGAGGAUAGAGACAUCACCUCCAUGACUUUGCAUGGCUGCAAUGAAAGUCUGGUUGCAACAACUACAACAACAGUCCCAGAAACUACCACCCCAUCUACAACAUCUGAAGCGUCAACUACUGUAACAACGAGUGCUACGACCACUACCACUCCAGCAACCACAACUUCUCCAACUACCACAGUGACAGAGGAAAUGACAACUACAGUAACAACAACCGCAAGCACCACAGUUGUCGAGGAGACAACAACUGUUACUACCACCACACCUGAAAGCUCCACUACUCAAACAACUACAACAAUGACAACAACUCGAGAAUGUUAUGAUGUUCUGACCGAAGAGCUUACUCAAGACAGUCCUAGAUCCUACACUGUACGCUUGCCAUCCGGAACAGCUGAUAUUUCCGCAAUCAAGGUUACUCCCAAUAUAUCAGGAGUCCAGAGUGUAUCUCUCUCUGUUGAGGUGACAACAGAUGGUGAGAAUUAUGAGGAUGUUACAAGUAAGACAGAUCUUCUCGCCAGAAACGUCGAAGAUGAACAGGGAAAUAUCAUUGGGACUGAACGCUAUAUACAGGUAGAUGGAACUGGUACUGUGGAAAUCAGCUUCUCCGAAAGACUUACGUCCAGCCGUGCAGUUCGAAUAAUUUUUACGGAGGAUAGAGACAUCACCUCCAUGACUUUGCAUGGCUGCAAUGAAAGUCUGGUUACAACAACUACAACAACAGUCCCAGAAACUACCACCCCAUCUACAACAUCUGAACCGACAACUACUGUAACAACGAGUGCUACGACCACUACCACUCCAGCAACCACAACUUCUCCAAGUACCACAGUGACAGAAGAAAUGACAACUACAGUAACAACAACCGCAAGCACCACAGUUGUCGAAGAGACAACAACUGUUACUACCAACACACCUGAAAGCUCCACUACUCAAACAACUACAACAAUGACAAUAACUCGAGAAUGUUAUGAUGUUCUGACCGAAGAGCUUACUCAAGACAGUCCUAGAUCCUACACUGUACGCUUGCCAUCCGGAACAGCUGAUAUUUCCGCAAUCAAGGUUACUCCCAAUAUAUCAGGAGUCCAGAGUGUAUCUCUCUCUGUUGAGGUGACAACAGAUGGUGAGAAUUAUGAGGAUGUUACAAGUAAGACAGAUCUUCUCGCCAGAAACGUCGAAGAUGAACAGGGAAAUAUCAUUGGGACUGAACGCUAUGUACAGGUAGAUGGAACUGGUACUGUGGAAAUCAGCUUCUCCGAAAGACUUACGUCCAGCCGUGCAGUUCGAAUAAUUUUUACGGAGGAUAGAGACAUCACCUCCAUGACUUUGCAUGGCUGCAAUGAAAGUCUGGUUGCAACAACUACAACAACAGUCCCAGAAACUACCACCCCAUCUACAACAUCUGAACCGUCAACUACUGUAACAACGAGUGCUACGACCACUACCACUCCAGCAACCACAACUUCUCCAACUACCACAGUGACAGAGGAAAUGACAACUACAGUAACAACAACCGCAAGCACCACAGUUGUCGAGGAGACAACAACUGUUACUACCACCACACCUGAAAGCUCCACUACUCAAACAACUACAACAAUGACAACAACUCGAGAAUGUUAUGAUGUUCUGACCGAAGAGCUUACUCAAGACAGUCCUAGAUCCUACACUGUACGCUUGCCAUCCGGAACAGCUGAUAUUUCCGCAAUCAAGGUUACUCCCAAUAUAUCAGGAGUCCAGAGUGUAUCUCUCUCUGUUGAGGUGACAACAGAUGGUGAGAAUUAUGAGGAUGUUACAAGUCUGGUUACAACAACUACAACAACAGUCCCAGAAACUACCACCCCAUCUACAACAUCUGAACCGACAACUACUGUAACAACGAGUGCUACGACCACUACCACUCCAGCAACCACAACUUCUCCAAGUACCACAGUGACAGAAGAAAUGACAACUACAGUAACAACAACCGCAAGCACCACAGUUGUCGAAGAGACAACAACUGUUACUACCAACACACCUGAAAGCUCCACUACUCAAACAACUACAACAAUGACAACAACUCGAGAAUGUUAUGAUGUUCUGACCGAAGAGCUUACUCAAGACAGUCCUAGAUCCUACACUGUACGCUUGCCAUCCGGAACAGCUGAUAUUUCCGCAAUCAAGGUUACUCCCAAUAUAUCAGGAGUCCAGAGUGUAUCUCUCUCUGUUGAGGUGACAACAGAUGGUGAGAAUUAUGAGGAUGUUACAAGUAAGACAGAUCUUCUCGCCAGAAACGUCGAAGAUGAACAGGGAAAUAUCAUUGGGACUGAACGCUAUGUACAGGUAGAUGGAACUGGUACUGUGGAAAUCAGCUUCUCCGAAAGACUUACGUCCAGCCGUGCAGUUCGAAUAAUUUUUACGGAGGAUAGAGACAUCACCUCCAUGACUUUGCAUGGCUGCAAUGAAAGUCUGGUUACAACAACUACAACAACAGUCCCAGAAACUACCACCCCAUCUACAACAUCUGAACCGACAACUACUGUAACAACGAGUGCUACGACCACUACCACUCCAGCAACCACAACUUCUCCAACUACCACAGUGACAGAAGAAAUGACAACUACAGUAACAACAACCGCAAGCACCACAGUUGUCGAGGAGACAACAACUGUUACUACCACCACACCUGAAAGCUCCACUACUCAAACAACUACAACAAUGUCAACAACUCGAGAAUGUUAUGAUGUUCUGACCGAAGAGCUUACUCAAGACAGUCCUAGAUCCUACACUGUACGCUUGCCAUCCGGAACAGCUGAUAUUUCCGCAAUCAAGGUUACUCCCAAUAUAUCAGGAGUCCAGAGUGUAUCUCUCUCUGUUGAGGUGACAACAGAUGGUGAGAAUUAUGAGGAUGUUACAAGUAAGACAGAUCUUCUCGCCAGAAACGUCGAAGAUGAACAGGGAAAUAUCAUUGGGACUGAACGCUAUGUACAGGUAGAUGGAACUGGUACUGUGGAAAUCAGCUUCUCCGAAAGAAUUACGUCCAGCCGUGCAGUUCGAAUAAUUUUUACGGAGGAUAGAGACAUCACCUCCAUGACUUUGCAUGGCUGCAAUGAAAGUCUGGUUACAACAACUACAACAACAGUCCCAGAAACUACCACCCCAUCUACAACAUCUGAACCGACAACUACUGUAACAACGAGUGCUACGACCACUACCACUCCAGCAACCACAACUUCUCCAACUACCACAGUGACAGAGGAAAUGACAACUACAGUAACAACAACCGCAAGCACCACAGUUGUCGAGGAGACAACAACUGUUACUACCACUACACCUGAAAGCUCCACUACUCAAACAACUACAACAAUGACAAUAACUCGAGAAUGUUAUGAUGUUCUGACCGAAGAGCUUACUCAAGACAGUCCUAGAUCCUACACUGUACGCUUGCCAUCCGGAACAGCUGAUAUUUCCGCAAUCAAGGUUACUCCCAAUAUAUCAGGAGUCCAGAGUGUAUCUCUCACUGUUGAGGUGACAACAGAUGGUGAGAAUUAUGAGGAUGUUACAAGUAAGACAGAUCUUCUCGCCAGAAACGUCGAAGAUGAACAGGGAAAUAUCAUUGGGACUGAACGCUAUGUACAGGUAGAUGGAACUGGUACUGUGGAAAUCAGCUUCUCCGAAAGACUUACGUCCAGCCGUGCAGUUCGAAUAAUUUUUACGGAGGAUAGAGACAUCACCUCCAUGACUUUGCAUGGCUGCAAUGAAAGUCUGGUUACAACAACUACAACAACAGUCCCAGAAACUACCACCCCAUCUACAACAUCUGAACCGACAACUACUGUAACAACGAGUGCUACGACCACUACCACUCCAGCAACCACAACUUCUCCAACUACCACAGUGACAGAAGAAAUGACAACUACAGUAACAACAACCGCAAGCACCACAGUUGUCGAGGAGACAACAACUGUUACUACCACCACACCUGAAAGCUCGACUACUCAAACAACUACAACAAUGACAAUAACUCGAGAAUGUUAUGAUGUUCUGACCGAAGAGCUUACUCAAGACAGUCCUAGAUCCUACACUGUACGCUUGCCAUCCGGAACAGCUGAUAUUUCCGCAAUCAAGGUUACUCCCAAUAUAUCAGGAGUCCAGAGUGUAUCUCUCUCUGUUGAGGUGACAACAGAUGGUGAGAAUUAUGAGGAUGUUACAAGUAAGACAGAUCUUCUCGCCAGAAACGUCGAAGAUGAACAGGGAAAUAUCAUUGGGACUGAACGCUAUGUACAGGUAGAUGGAACUGGUACUGUGGAAAUCAGCUUCUCCGAAAGACUUACGUCCAGCCGUGCAGUUCGAAUAAUUUUUACGGAGGAUAGAGACAUCACCUCCAUGACUUUGCAUGGCUGCAAUGAAAGUCUGGUUACAACAACUACAACAACAGUCCCAGAAACUACCACCCCAUCUACAACAUCUGAACCGACAACUACUGUAACAACGAGUGCUACGACCACUACCACUCCAGCAACCUCAACUUCUCCAACUACCACAGUGACAGAAGAAAUGACAACUACAGUAACAACAACCGCAAGCACCACAGUUGUCGAGGAGACAACAACUGUUACUACCACCACACCUGAAAGCUCCACUACUCAAACAACUACAACAACUCGAGAAUGUUAUGAUGUUCUGACUGAAGAGCUUACUCAAGACAGUCCUAGAUCCUACACUGUACGCUUGCCAUCCGGAACAGCCGAUAUUUCCGCAAUCAAGGUUACUCCCAAUAUAUCAGGAGUCCAGAGUGUAUCUCUCUCUGUUGAGGUGACAACAGAUGGUGAGAAUUAUGAGGAUGUUACAAGUAAGACAGAUCUUCUCGCCAGAAACAUCGAAGAUGAACAGGGAAAUAUCAUUGGGACUGAACGCUAUGUACAGGUAGAUGGAACUGGUACUGUGGAAAUCAGCUUCUCCGAAAGACUUACGUCCAGCCGUGCAGUUCGAAUAAUUUUUACGGAGGAUAGAGACAUCACCUCCAUGACUUUGCAUGGCUGCAAUGAAAGUCUGGUUACAACAACUACAACAACAGUCCCAGAAACUACCACCCCAUCUACAACAUCUGAACCGACAACUACUGUAACAACGAGUGCUACGACCACUACCACUCCAGCAACCACAACUUCUCCAACUACCACAGUGACAGAAGAAAUGACAACUACAGUAACAACAACUGCAAGCACCACAGUUGUCGAGGAGACAACAACUGUUACUACCACCACACCUGAAAGCUCGACUACUCAAACAACUGCAACAAUGACAAUAACUCGAGAAUGUUAUGAUGUUCUGACCGAAGAGCUUACUCAAGACAGUCCUAGAUCCUACACUGUACGCUUGCCAUCCGGAACAGCUGAUAUUUCCGCAAUCAAGGUUACUCCCAAUAUAUCAGGAGUCCAGAGUGUAUCUCUCUCUGUUGAGGUGACAACAGAUGGUGAGAAUUAUGAGGAUGUUACAAGUAAGACAGAUCUUCUCGCCAGAAACGUCGAAGAUGAACAGGGAAAUAUCAUUGGGACUGAACGCUAUGUACAGGUAGAUGGAACUGGUACUGUGGAAAUCAGCUUCUCCGAAAGACUUACGUCCAGCCGUGCAGUUCGAAUAAUUUUUACGGAGGAUAGAGACAUCACCUCCAUGACUUUGCAUGGCUGCAAUGAAAGUCUGGUUACAACAACUACAACAACAGUCCCAGAAACUACCACCCCAUCUACAACAUCUGAACCGACAACUACUGUAACAACGAGUGCUACGACCACUACCACUCCAGCAACCACAACUUCUCCAACUACCACAGUGACAGAAGAAAUGACAACUACAGUAACAACAACCGCAAGCACCACAGUUGUCGAGGAGACAACAACUGUUACUACCACCACACCUGAAAGCUCGACUACUCAAACAACUACAACAAUGACAACAACUCGAGGUAGCAAGAAUUGUUAUGAUGUCCUGACCGAAGAGCUUACUCAAGACAGUCCUAGAUCCUACACUGUACGCUUGCCAUCCGGAACAGCUGAUAUUUCCGCAAUCAAGGUUACUCCCAAUAUAUCAGGAGUCCAGAGUGUAUCUCUCUCUGUUGAGGUGACAACAGAUGGUGAGAAUUAUGAGGAUGUUACAAGUAAGACAGAUCUUCUCGCCAGAAACGUCGAAGAUGAACAGGGAAAUAUCAUUGGGACUGAACGCUAUGUACAGGUAGAUGGAACUGGUACUGUGGAAAUCAGCUUCUCCGAAAGACUUACGUCCAGCCGUGCAGUUCGAAUAAUUUUUACGGAGGAUAAAGACAUCACCUCCAUGACUUUGCAUGGCUGCAAUGAAAGUCUGGUUACAACAACUACAACAACAGUCCCAGAAACUACCACCCCAUCUACAACAUCUGAACCGACAACUACUGUAACAACGAGUGCUACGACCACUACCACUCCAGCAACCACAACUUCUCCAACUACCACAGUGACAGAAGAAAUGACAACUACAGUAACAACAACCGCAAGCACCACAGUUGUCGAGGAGACAACAACUGUUACUACCACCACACCUGAAAGCUCGACUACUCAAACAACUACAACAAUGAAAACAACUCGAGGUAGCAAGAAUUGUUAUGAUGUCCUGACCGAAGAGCUUACUCAAGACAGUCCUAGAUCCUACACUGUACGCUUGCCAUCCGGAACAGCUGAUAUUUCCGCAAUCAAGGUUACUCCCAAUAUAUCAGGAGUCCAGAGUGUAUCUCUCUCUGUUGAGGUGACAACAGAUGGUGAGAAUUAUGAGGAUGUUACAAGUAAGACAGAUCUUCUCGCCAGAAACGUCGAAGAUGAACAGGGAAAUAUCAUUGGGACUGAACGCUAUGUACAGGUAGAUGGAACUGGUACUGUGGAAAUCAGCUUCUCCGAAAGACUUACGUCCAGCCGUGCAGUUCGAAUAAUUUUUACGGAGGAUAAAGACAUCACCUCCAUGACUUUGCAUGGCUGCAAUGAAAGUCUGGAUACAACAACUACAACAACAGUCCCAGAAACUACCACCCCAUCUACAACAUCUGAACCGACAACUACUGUAACAACGAGUGCUACGACCACUACCACUCCAGCAACCACAACUUCUCCAACUACCACAGUGACAGAAGAAAUGACAACUACAGUGACAACAACCGCAAGCACCACAGUUGUCGAGGAGACAACAACUGUUACUACCACCACACCUGAAAGCUCCACUACUCAAACAACUACAACAAUGACAACAACUCGAGAUUGUUAUGAUGUCCUGACUGAAGAGCUUACUCAAGACAGUCCUAGAUCCUACACUGUACGCUUGCCAUCCGGAACAGCUGAUAUUUCCGCAAUCAAGGUUACUCCCAAUAUAUCAGGAGUCCAGAGUGUAUCUCUCACUGUUGAGGUGACAACAGAUGGUGAGAAUUAUGAGGAUGUUACAAGUAAGACAGAUCUUCUCGCCAGAAACGUCGAAGAUGAACAGGGAAAUAUCAUUGGGACUGAACGCUAUGUACAGGUAGAUGGAACUGGUACUGUGGAAAUCAGCUUCUCCGAAAGACUUACGUCCAGCCGUGCAGUUCGAAUAAUUUUUACGGAGGAUAGAGACAUCACCUCCAUGACUUUGCAUGGCUGCAAUGAAAGUCUGGUUACAACAACUACAACAACAGUCCCAGAAACUACCACCCCAUCUACAACAUCUGAACUGACAACUACUGUAACAACGAGUGCUACGACCACUACCACUCCAGCAACCACAACUUCUCCAACUACCACAGUGACAGAAGAAAUGACAACUACAGUAACAACAACCGCAAGCACCACAGUUGUCGAGGAGACAACAACUGUUACUACCACCACACCUGAAAGCUCCACUACUCAAACAACUACAACAAUGACAACAACUCGAGAUUGUUAUGAUGUCCUGACCGAAGAGCUUACUCAAGACAGUCCUAGAUCCUACACUGUACGCUUGCCAUCCGGAACAGCUGAUAUUUCCGCAAUCAAGGUUACUCCCAAUAUAUCAGGAGUCCAGAGUGUAUCUCUCUCUGUUGAGGUGACAACAGAUGGUGAGAAUUAUGAGGAUGUUACAAGUCUGGUUACAACAACUACAACAACAGUCCCAGAAACUACCACCCCAUCUACAACAUCUGAACCGACAACUACUGUAACAACGAGUGUUACGACCACUACCACUCCAGCAACCACAACUUCUCCAACUACCACAGUGACAGAAGAAAUGACAACUACAGUAACAACAACCGCAAGCACCACAGUUGUCGAGGAGACAACAACUGUUACUACCACCACACCUGAAAGCUCCACUACUCAAACAACUGCAACAAUGACAAUAACUCGAGAUUGUUAUGAUGUCCUGACCGAAGAGCUUACUCAAGACAGUCCUAGAUCCUACACUGUACGCUUGCCAUCCGGAACAGCUGAUAUUUCCGCAAUCAAGGUUACUCCCAAUAUAUCAGGAGUCCAGAGUGUAUCUCUCUCUGUUGAGGUGACAACAGAUGGUGAGAAUUAUGAGGAUGUUACAAGUAAGACAGAUCUUCUCGCCAGAAACGUCGAAGAUGAACAGGGAAAUAUCAUUGGGACUGAACGCUAUGUACAGGUAGAUGGAACUGGUACUGUGGAAAUCAGCUUCUCCGAAAGACUUACGUCCAGCCGUGCAGUUCGAAUACUUUUUACGGAGGAUAGAGACAUCACCUCCAUGACUUUGCAUGGCUGCAAUGAAAGUCUGGAUACAACAACUACAACAACAGUCCCAGAAACUACCACCCCAUCUACAACAUCUGAACCGACAACUACUGUAACAACGAGUGCUACGACCACUACCACUCCAGCAACCACAACUUCUCCAACUACCACAGUGACAGAAGAAAUGACAACUACAGUAACAACAACCGCAAGCACCACAGUUGUCGAGGAGACAACAACUGUUACUACCACCACACCUGAAAGCUCCACUACUCAAACAACUACAACAAUGACAACAACUCGAGAUUGUUAUGAUGUCCUGACCGAAGAGCUUACUCAAGACAGUCCUAGAUCCUACACUGUACGCUUGCCAUCCGGAACAGCUGAUAUUUCCGCAAUCAAGGUUACUCCCAAUAUAUCAGGAGUCCAGAGUGUAUCUCUCUCUGUUGAGGUGACAACAGAUGGUGAGAAUUAUGAGGAUGUUACAAGUAAGACAGAUCUUCUCGCCAGAAACGUCGAAGAUGAACAGGGAAAUAUCAUUGGGACUGAACGCUAUGUACAGGUAGAUGGAACUGGUACUGUGGAAAUCAGCUUCUCCGAAAGACUUACGUCCAGCCGUGCAGUUCGAAUACUUUUUACGGAGGAUAGAGACAUCACCUCCAUGACUUUGCAUGGCUGCAAUGAAAGUCUGGAUACAACAACUACAACAACAGUCCCAGAAACUACCACCCCAUCUACAACAUCUGAACCGACAACUACUGUAACAACGAGUGCUACGACCACUACCACUCCAGCAACCACAACUUCUCCAACUACCACAGUGACAGAAGAAAUGACAACUACAGUAACAACAACCGCAAGCACCACAGUUGUCGAGGAGACAACAACUGUUACUACCACCACACCUGAAAGCUCCACUACUCAAACAACUACAACAAUGACAACAACUCGAGAAUGUUAUGAUGUUCUGACCGAAGAGCUUACUCAAGACAGUCCUAGAUCCUACACUGUACGUUUGCCAUCCGGAACAGCUGAUAUUUCCGCAAUCAAGGUUACUCCCAAUAUAUCAGGAGUCCAGAGUGUAUCUCUCUCUGUUGAGGUGACAACAGAUGGUGAGAAUUAUGAGGAUGUUACAAGGAAAUAUCAUUGGGACUGA